GCUGGGCGCGGCCUUAAUGGACCGCAUCGUCGCCAUAGCCAACAUCAUGAUUAUGAUCAUGAUAAUAACUGAGUAAAGAAUAAUUUUUGGCACCAGCCUAGAGCGCAUUGCAGUCGUCCAGAAAUCUGGCCACCAGAUGUUUAUUUCGCGCUUUCUGUCCAGGUUACCCCCUUAGCAGCUCCGGUCUGGUCUUGUCAAUAUUAUUGUUGUUUUUUCAGCUACGUUUUCACUUUUUCCUUUGCUCUUUGCUAUACAUUUUCCGCUUUGAUAUGCGAUUUCAUUAGAAGUUAUACUUGGGCACUUAUGUAAAUAUAUACAUAUGUAUGUACAUGCAUAUAUUCUUAUGUAUAUGUAUGUAUAGUCCCGCAGAUUGCGAGCGAACGGUGCCGGUCCUCUUCAGUUUAAUUCGUCUUGAGUGGCGCGCAGAUCGAUUUUAAAGUUUCGCUUGAAGCCUUCACAAAAAAAAUUUCGUGUUCAGUUUGUCAGCAUUACAGGCAAGUGCUUUAAUUGUCGCAACACAUUCUUAUCGGAGUCUUAUCAAAGACAAUGUCUUAUCAGUCAUUGUGCCAGUCGCUGUCUAUCGCGCUCUCUAUUGCACAAAGUCUAAGUGAACAAACAAAAGAUUGAGAAAACAAACUCUGAAAUUCUUCUUGCGCCUAGGUUGUACGACUUAAAUAAAUUUACCUGGAAAUUGUUGCUGAUAAAGUUACUACUAUAACAGAACAGAAACAAGAAUAAAACAAGCUGCGUAUACAGCGUUAUAAUGCACAGACAUGAUUUUGUCAUGGCUCCCUUAUCGUCACCUCGUUAUUUGAAUUUGUCGACGACGUCUUUCAUUCCCAAGUUCAGUUGGACUGUGGACACAGCUGCUGCCUGGUUGGCUGAUUGACGAAGUUUCUUUGUAUUGUGUAUCGCAUGUUUUUAAAAAGCGUAAAAAGUACAGAAACUACAUAUACAACAUUCUUCAAUAACUAAACACUUACCGGUGUGGGCUCUCUAAGCUAACCCAGCCCAAUAUACAUAUAUUAGACUCUUGUAGCCUACUUUUAACUCGAGUAAUCAAUAAAAGUAAAUUGGUAAAACAAAAAAAAAUAAAAUAAAAAAAAGGUGCCGGUUUUAAAAGCGCAAAAUUACCAGAAACUAAAAUUACAACAUGGUACGCAGCCGACGCUCACUCUCUAAGGAGGAUGUGGCCUCGUUGCUUACUGACAGUGGCAUCUCGCUGUCCUCACCACCAACAGCAAGGGAUUCUACACCCACACCAACGCCUAGCACAGCGAGCAAAUGCAAGCGACGCAAAAGCAGCCUCAACAGUUUGCGCGAUGCGGAGGCCAGCAGUCAAUCAGAAGCGGAGCACUUGCCCAAGAAGAAGCCACGUAAAUCGGAGUCAGGCACCCGAAAGCAGCAUAAAUGCAGCCAUUGUGGCAAGGAGUUUGGUGGCAAGACCGACCUGCAGCGUCACAUGCUCAUACACUCUGACGAGCGGCCGCACAAAUGCGAAGAGUGUGGCAAAUGCUAUCGUCAAGCGGUCAAUCUAAAGAACCAUAUAACGACGGCACAUGAGCACAAGAAACAGUUCACCUGUCCCGAAUGUCCGAAAUCUUUUGCCCUGAAGGAGCGACUGCGCCUGCACAUGCGAUUGCAUUCCGGGGAGAAGCCUUACCCAUGUGCACUCUGCGAGAAGCGGUUCGCACGUGGUGGUCAGCUGCAGCAGCACAUGUUGUCACAUCAUAAGACCAGCAUUCAGCAAUUUAAUUGCACCAAAUGUUCAGCUAGCUUCUCGACUAAUGCCAAUUUGCGCGUGCACAUGGAGCGCCAUGAGCAAGGCAUGGAGCAUAGCUGCAGCAUAUGCGAGUCUCAGUUUCCGAACGACUUGGCCUUGCGCGCACACAUCAAUCAGGAGCAUCACAAACUUAGCCGCUUCGAUUGCGAGGUUUGCCACAAAACCAUCGAGCCUGAUGAUGAUCUCGCCUCACACAUGCUGCGUCAUGCCGCUGUCAAGACACACGUCUGCGAGAUUUGCAACUCCUACUUCACCCAAAAGUCGCAGUACAAUGUGCACAUGCGCAUGCACACGGGCGAGCGUCCAUAUCAAUGUCGCAUCUGUCAUCAGACCUUCGCGCACUCGACUGUUCUGAAACUUCAUAUACGUAAGCACACAGGCGAGAAACCCUUUCGCUGUCUGCUUUGCACGGACGAGGUGGCUUUCUCGCAACUGGCCCAUCUCAAGAAUCACAUGAAGAAAAUUCACAAGCAGCAAAAGCCCUAUAUGUGCCAUGGCUGCCAUGACUUCUUCAAGAUUAAGGUCGAGCUGCAGGCACACGUGGAGCAGUGCGCCAAAUGCCAGGCGAAUGAUAAAGCUACGCUCACGCCCGAUUCACAGGCCGAAAAAGAUACUCAUGCAUUAACCAGCAUUCGCUUCAAUAUGGCGGUGGUGCUUAAGAAAAUUAGCUCCGCGCAAAAGUUGCGCCAGUUGGGCUAUGAAAAGCGUCUGAUCGACAAUGUAAUCAUCGCCUCCUUAAAGCUGGCACAGCGACCGGCACAUGACGAUGCGCAGCUAACACCACUGGCCCGUCUGCGUUUAAAUGUCGAGGAAUUUCUCAAGUGGAUUGUGCCAGCGCCUACAAUGCAAAAGUUUCGCGAUGAGUUGCUAUCCAUCGACACGAUUCUUGAUAAAAUUGCGACUAUAUAUAUGAAGCAAAAGUAGAAGCAGGCACUUUUGCUCUCCACACAACGUGCCAUAUGACGAGGAUGGAUAUUUGUUUAGUUCUAAGCCAUUGCAGCUCUUGCCAUUUUCGUAUCCUAAAGCUAUACGACAAAAACCAAAUAUUUUAUCCCAAAGAUGUUUAACAAUAAGCACUGAAACCUUUGAGAAUUUACUUUAAUUUUAGUUUGAUUUUUGAAAUGUUUAGUUUCAAUUGAGCCUAAACUUGCCCGAGCAGUGCUUAGUGCGUAUCAGUAGUGUUAAGUUAACUUGGCAACAUGUGGCCAUAUAGAUUUUAAACUUGGCAGCGGUCAAGUUUUUGCUGACUGUCGGGCCAUUUAUUAAUUACUACUUACCUAAGUAUUUACCUUAGCUAAUCCCAAAGCCAUUGUACAACACCGAAAAAUAAAGUAUAAAUGCAAAUGUACAACUAAA